GCGACUGCUUAUUUUACACUCAUUUCAUGGUCUGAUAAAAUGGAAAUGGACGGCUCAGAAGAAUACGUUCAAAUGGAGAUGGAGCGAGAACCAAAGAAAUCAUUUCAGAGAGGUCAUCCCUGCGGCAGACAAACUGGCAUACUUGUGUUUCUCGGAACAGCAUGCACGAUUAUUUUCAUGGUCAUGACUUCUGUCAUCUAAAGCUGGGAAAUGUUUGCGCGCUUGUCCUUCUGUUUAUUUUGCUUCAAAGAUUCACACCAAGAGCGAAAGUUCUCAGUGCUGCAGAGCUGGAUGAACAGCCACACUUCUGAUCUAACCUCAGUCAAAUCUGAUUUCCAGAUCGCAGGUGGUGAUCUAGAAAAGAAGAUUGCUGAGCUGCAGACCUCAGUGGCCAGCUUGAGGUCAUAUUCGAACACAUCUGGAGCAAGUAGGGAAAUGCAAAUAAAGAAGCUGUCCGCUAUUGAGACUCUGAUGACUGAUCUUGGCUCUUCGCUGAGUUCACUCGCAUCCAAACAUGAAGAAAACCUACAAAAGCUGGAGCGCCAGCGGGACGUGUCACACACCGAAGUCAAGAGUUUGAUGGACAGUUUGAGUUCUGCGGUGUCGGUUCUUAAGGAUGAACUGGCGGAGGACAGCUUGGUGACAUCUAUUGUGGCUCUGCAUUCUAUUCCACACACACAGCAGAUCUUGAUGGCCAUGUCAAGAUCACUGUCGGACAUAAAGCAUUCAGUAGCGGGACUGAGAUCAUCUAUUCAAACUAUUUCUUAUAAACUAUCAUUUACAAAUUUACUCACACACGGCUGUCCUGAACCUGACUGGAUCCCGUUCAGAAACAGCUGUUACCUGUUCUCACAGGACGCGAUGAACUGGACCAACGCAGAGGAUUCCUGUGAAGAGAAGGGCGCAUUGCUACUAAAAAUCGAAGAAGGUUCCGAGAAGGAGUGGCAAUUUGUUACCAAUUUCGCCAAACCGCACGACUACUGGAUUGGUCUCACUGACCAGAACACAGGGCAGUGGAGAUGGACGGAUGAAACUCCUUACAUUAUGAAUAAAGAACAUUGGAGACCUGGGCAACCCCAUGACUGGACCGAACACGGCCAGGGAGACGGAGGAGAGGACUGUGGGCAAAUUUUACAUGACGGGAUGCUGAAUGAUGCCCACUGCUCUACUAAAAUGAAGUAUAUAUGUGAAAUGCAAAUGUGAAAGCGCAGCGUAAACGGGGCUUUGUUUCGACUGCGUUAAGUUUUUGUGUAUUGCGUAAAUUACAAAUCACAAUGUGUCGUUACUUAAAUUAGUCUUUCUUUCCAAAUUAACCAAAUUAAUUAUUAAGUUAAAAAGAUUAGUUGUGUGUUAGCUGUUAAUGAAGCUGUGUCACUCAACUAAAUGCAAUCAAACACAGCUGGACCAAAGGGUCUGAAUACUUAUGACCAUGUGACAUUUUAGUUUUUCUUUUUUAAUAAAUCUGCAAAAAU